AUGAGCCACACUCUUGCCCUUGACAAUUCAAUCAUUCAUGACCUUCUAAUCAGCCUCUCUAGAGCAAACAUUGUGAGGUUUCAAAGAGACCUCGAAAACUCGCUCAUCGAAUUUUCGGCAGGCAGUGAGGGUAAAUUUCAACUAAACCCUGGUUUGUCAACCGACCCAAUGAUUAUCGUGACACCCGCGCCAGUGGAGAGUCCCAAUGGAAACACGGCUAAUCCACCACUGAACGGUAUCAUAGCCCUAUGCGAUUCACUAGGCCGCCCUAUAGGCCUUUUGAAUGCUGCAGAGGUAACCGGUUUCCGAACUACGCUGUGUGCUCUAAUCCCUUGGACAUGGCGACGCCACACCGAGAAUAUUGUGAUAUUUGGUGCUGGGAAGCAAGGUUUAUGGUACACCCGUCUUGCGCUCGCGUUGAGGGGCUCAGAAAUCAAGUCAGUGACGAUUAUCAACCGCUCCGUGGCCCGAGCCCAGUCUCUCGUAGCGCAAGUAACGGAAGAGAACCAGAAAUAUUGGAAAUCUUCGGCUACUUUGUUUAGCUUGGAUCCUUCUCAGCCCGACUAUAGCAAACGCUUGGCAACUGUCCUGUCGACAGCUGAUGCAGUGUUUUGCACGGUUGGAUCUACAAGCCCCUUGUUUUCUUUCCAAGGAGUUCUCAGAGGCACAAGAAGCAGGUCGCCAUUCAUUAGUGCUAUUGGUUCCUGGCAAUCCGACAUGAUGGAGCUGUACCCAGAGCUGCUUCGUUAUGCUGCUGGACGGCCCGACUCUUACAGCCCACGCGGGGCUAGUGGCUGCAUUAUCGUCGAUGAUGCCCAAGAGUGCCUAGUUAAGUCAGGAGAGGUUAUACAGUCUGGUCUAAAGGCAGAACAGAUGUUGCAGGUUGGAGAGAUCUUGAGCUGGCAGCAAGAGAAGUCGGGGUUGGAAGGCUAA